ACAUAGUGGGAUCACAUGAGCGGCGUUCAUGUGACUGAUUCACGUGUUCGCCGGGAUAAAUACGACGAGAUCAAGCUUGAAAGAACAACCGGAGGGUGGAGGGCGACUCUGCAGAAGGUGACGACAAAAAAACAACAACAACCCAGAUCAAUAAGCGACAGAAUGUGGUGUCAAACUCUCCUGGUGCUGGCUGCCAGCUUGUCUGUGAGCCUGGCCAGACCCCACAUCCAUCCUCUGUCCAGUGACAUGAUCAACUACAUCAAUAAGCUUAACACGACCUGGAAGGCUGGCCACAACUUCCAUGAUGUUGACUACAGUUAUGUGAAAAACCUCUGCGGCACUCUGCUUAAGGGACCUAAGCUCCCCAUCAUGGUUCAAAGCGCAGGAGGCAUGAAGCUGCCAAAACAGUUUGAUGCCAGAGAGCAGUGGCCUGAGUGUCCCACUCUGAAGGAGAUCAGAGACCAAGGCUCCUGUGGAUCCUGCUGGGCAUUUGGUGCAGCAGAGGCCAUCUCUGACCGUAUCUGCAUUCACACCAAAGGGAAGGUCAGUGUGGAGAUCUCCUCUCAGGAUCUGCUCACCUGCUGCGACAGCUGUGGCAUGGGAUGUAAUGGUGGUUACCCUGCAAAUGCUUGGGAGUUCUGGACCGAACAGGGAUUGGUGACCGGCGGUCUCUACAACUCUCAUAUUGGUUGCCGGCCCUACACCAUUGAACCCUGUGAGCACCACGUGAAUGGCAGCAGGCCUCCCUGCACUGGGGAGGGUGGGGACACGCCUGAGUGCGUUACACAGUGUGAGGCUGGAUACACACCAUCCUAUCAAAAAGACAAACACUACGGCAAAACAUCUUACGGUGUGCCAUCAGAGGAGGAGCAGAUCCAAUCUGAGAUUUACAAGAACGGACCAGUGGAGGGAGCGUUUAUAGUGUAUGAAGACUUCCCAUCCUACAAGUCUGGUGUGUAUCAGCAUGUGACGGGCUCUGCUUUGGGAGGACACGCCAUAAAGAUGAUUGGUUGGGGAGAGGAGAACGGUGUUCCUUAUUGGCUCUGUGCAAACUCCUGGAACACUGACUGGGGUGAUAAUGGAUUCUUUAAAAUCCUCCGUGGAUCAAAUCACUGUGGUAUUGAGUCCGAGGUUGUUGCUGGAAUCCCUAAAUAAAACCUAAGGUUUUAAACCGCUUUACCGCCAGAGGGCGACACACUCCACCCACGGGCCAACGAGGAGAGAAAACUGCUUAUACAGCAUGACAUCAGAGGGGGGCGGGUGUUCAAGCGCCUUCAGUUUUUAAGUGAAUUUUAAAAUCAAGAAAAAAACAAUCAUCAUGCACACCGUUUACUCUUUUCCUAUUUGAUGGUUCUUGUAAACCGAGCUGUUUACAGGUCUGUUUUAGGACACUCCCACAUUUCAUUUUGCUUUAUUCAACGUGGAAUCCUCUUUCAAAGCAAUUUAAAGAUGAAUCAGUUUGUUGCCUUUACAGUUUUUGCUUUCUACCGGUGAAAAUUGUGAACUGUUUCAGAUUAAUGCGACGUCAAACUAAAUCAAGUAUUUUAAAAACACCUAAAUGAGCAGCGAUACGUUGCUUGGAACAAGUGAUCAUGCAGUGAUCCCUUGCUGCUUUUGGAUGACAAAACUAUACUCUGUGCUAAAUAUCAGAAUGUACUGUCUGUAACGGCUGCCUGUUUUAUUGUUUUUAAACUUUUAGUUUUUUUUAAUGUAGCUUGGAAUGAGAUGGAGUAUUUUUUGUUUUCACUGCCAAUUAUGAUCAGAUGUUAGGAAUUGUUAAUUGAAUAAAUCUUUGGUUGCCAGUA